AAAAAACUCAAUGAGAGUAUCAGGAUACACUUUGUCAAUUAAAAUAAAAUAAAUAAAGGAGAGAGAAAAACCUAAACCCUUUCGUCUUCCUCUCACUCUCACGUGCUCCACCUUCUUCUUCACAGUUCACGCUGGUUCUUUCCUUUCAGCAGCUCAGUAUCGCCGCCGUUACCGCCGUCUUCUUCCGCUCGUGCCGACGGCGUUUUCUUCCUCUCGUCCUGCCGCAGCCUUCCUUGUGCUGAACUGAUUUUCUACUCUCUUUGUUUUUUGUUAAAGCCACAGGUGUGAAAUUGGGAAAGAUCGAGGCUAGUUCAUUCCUGAAUCUAGCCGAGCUGAUAAUAUAGAAUAGUUCCUGGCUUAUUGUAAGGGUCUUCAAUAUGGCAAGUGGACCUGGACUCGAAUCUCUGGUUGAUCAAACAAUAUCAGUUAUCACAAAUGACGGCCGCAAUAUAGUGGGAGUGUUGAAAGGGUUUGACCAGGCUACAAAUAUUAUCCUUGAUGAAUCUCAUGAACGUGUUUACUCAACCAAGGAAUUGAAGACUAUGCAUUUGCCCUUUGAAUCUGCAGGAAGGCGUUCAGCAACUUGUUUUGGGUCUAUAUAUAAUCAGAGGCGACAAUAUAAGCAUUGUUGGGGAGCUAGAUGAGGAACUUGAUUCUAAUCUGGACUUGUCCAAAUUGAGAGCCCAUCCUCUCAAACCUGUGAUUCAUUAAUUGGACCAGGAAGCAAUGAAUGAGUGUUCAUUAUGAGCGAGCUUCCAUUAACAAGUGAAGCUGUUAACGGUUUUUGGCUUUACCUUUCAACACCUUUGACAGCUUUGCUUAGAUAAGCGGGUAUUAUUCGAUGGUUAUGGAUAUUAAAUAUUUGAAAGUUAAAUAUUUGGAAUUUAAAUAUUUGAGAUAUUUAAUAUUGUGGUUGAAUAUUUAAUAUGAUCAAA